GCAUUGUUUAUGCUCUUCAUCCUGGCCUACAUCCACAUUGCCUUCUCACGCUCUCCAAUCAACUGCCUGGAGCACGUGCGGGAGAAAUGGCCCCGUGAUGGCAUCCUGCGUGUGGAGAUCCAGCGCAACUCCAGCCGCGCGCCCAUCUUUCUGCAGUUCUACGAGACAGAGGGAAUCCAGGGCCUCGUGAAAGAACCAGAGGAAGACGGAAGUGAAACCAGACAGCCAAUGGCGCCCACAGACGCUGAAGAGGAGGAAGAGAUGACCAUGGAGAUGUUUGACAACAGCACAGUACGGUUUGAGCUAGACAUCGAGCCACGUCUGAAUCCGUCGCUGAGUGGCCGUGUUCCUGGCUCCAGCCUGAAUGAAUCCCAGGAUCUGUCCUUCAGCCAGGCCCCCUCUAAAGGUAUGCAGCCGCUGAGGGAGACUGUCUCCGAGAUCGAGAUGCUAACUCGAGCAGUGUGGCCACAAGAAGAGUAUAUUGUCGAAUAUUCUUUGGAAUAUGGAUUCCUGCGGCUGUCCCAGGCCACACGGCAGCGACUCAACAUCCCUGUUAUGGUGGUGACCCUGGACCCCAUGAAGGAUCAGUGCUUUGGAGAUGGUUUCAGUCGCUUCCUCCUGGAUGAAUGCCUGGGCUAUGACGAUAUCCUGAUGUCCAGUGUGAAGGCUUUAGCAGAGAAUGAGGAAAACAAAGGGUUUCUGAGGAACGUGGUCUCUGGAGAACACUACCGUUUUGUCAGUAUGUGGAUGGCUCGUACCUCCUACCUGGCAGCCUUUGUAAUCAUGGUUAUCUUUACUCUGUCAGUGUCCAUGCUGCUGCGGUACUCGCACCACCAGAUUUUCGUCUUUAUAGUGGACCUUCUCCAGAUGUUGGAGAUGAAUAUGACCAUUGCCUUCCCUGCUGCCCCUCUCCUCACUGUCAUCCUGGCUCUUGUAGGGAUGGAGGCCAUCAUGUCUGAGUUUUUCAAUGACACAACCACUGCCUUCUACAUAAUCCUCAUUGUUUGGUUGGCGGACCAAUACGAUGCCAUCUGCUGCCACACCAAUACAAGCAAGCGCCACUGGCUCAGAUUCUUUUAUCUGUAUCACUUUGCCUUCUAUGCGUAUCAUUACCGCUUUAACGGCCAGUACAGCAGUUUGGCUUUGGUCACUUCCUGGCUCUUCAUUCAGCACUCAGUGAUCUAUUUUUUCCAUCACUACGAGCUGCCGGCCAUCCUGCAGCAGAUCCGGAUCCAGGAGAUGCUGCUUCAGAACCAGCAGGUGGGUCAAGGAAACCAGACUGCAUUGCAGGACAAUCUCAACAACAACACUAGCAGCACGGCGCCUGCUGGCCAAGCUAAUGCAGCCGCUAACGUGAACACUAACGGCCAGGACCGGCAAGCCGCUCAGGACCAACCUCAGCUCCAAACCCACAAUGGCUUGGUGGUAAAUACUGGUCUGUCCAUCGACCCAUCAAACUCUGACCUCGACUGGAUGGCUGAGAUCGCCAUUGGCCCGGAUAUCCUGUCAGUUUCACACUUGAGCGACUCGCUUUUGGAGCCGGGAGGGAUCCAGGAACCAACGUCGUCCAGCGCAGGGGUAACGGAGCUGCAUGGUCCGAGCACAGCAGGAGAGAACCAAGUCGGAAACAGCGCGGCAAGUGUUCCUCCGGGACGGGGUUGUGCUCAUGGUCUGGGUCCCCCUGGAGAUGGAGGAGGGCAGACAGAAUCUGAAACUUCCUCCCCAGUGACCUCACACACAGACUGCAGAGUUGCAGAAAUGCUUAAAGGCACCACGGACUGGGAAGGCCAGACGGAGAACAAAAGCGAGAGUUCGGACUCCCACUCGGCCCCAGCUUGAGUCGCGCACCCCCAUUCGGAACGAAUGAAUUCACGCUCUACAGUCGCCACCCCUCUCUGUAAAUUAAUCCAGAAGGCAUCAAGAGGAGAAACCGUGAUGGGGCUUUAUGUAAUUACAUCCUGGAAACCUCCAACAUGAACAUGAGGAGGGCCGAAGCAGACUUCCGCUGUGUAGUCAUGUUCUUAAGAGUAAAUUCGUAUUGAAUUGUCAAAUGAUGCCAUGUGUCAGGGUGUGAUCAUUGAAGUCUUUACAUGUUUUUUUUUUUUUUUUUAAUGGUUGAAACUUUUAAUACAGGAAGUAUUCAGUUUAAAAUGUGAUGUAUCGCUCAAUAAUGGUACUUUUCGUUGCUCUUGAGUAUGGAGUUGCAGGUAUCAGCGGGCCGCACGGGCGGCAAUCUUAAAAUCUGAAUACACGUACUUUGCACAUCUUGUGCUAGGAUUGUUUCGGCUUUCUUUCCAUUCCUCUAAUGAUAUAACAAGCAGUGAAAAUUCAUGUAGUCACGAUAAAUUGCUUUGGUCC